AUGAAGGCAUACACUGCCAUCUUCCUCGCCGCGAGCGCAUCGCUUCUCAACGCUCAAGAUUUAGGGGACCAGACCGCUCAGUACAUCCAGCAAGUCUGCCUUCCGAACAACGCGACCGGCUACCCCGAUCUCAACGCUCCUUGCAAUGCCAUCCAAGCCAUCUUCGCCGAGUGCACCUUCGGUCCAUCCUCCCUGGCCGAUUUCCUAUCCGAAGAAGCGUCCGCCAACUCCGGCAACUCCGACGGUAGCGACGACUACGCCGGCGACGUCGAUGACGGCAAAUAUCCCAUGCAGAGCAACGCGACCCAACGCACCUGCAUCUGCGAAUCCCAGUGGUUUGCACUCACCAAUGCCUGUUUAGCCUGUUAUCAAAAGCACGGCCUCCCCGCCGAGGACGACUUGAGCCCGAAACAAGUGAGCUCCAUCUCAUCUGCCUAUUGCGCUGCCUCCGCAACGCCCACGCUAGGCUUUGCCUAUUUCAUCUAUCAAUACGCUCCCGGCGUGACGGGCACCUCUCUCCCAGCCUCUUCCACCGCAACGCCGUCCUCCUUCAGCGAUCCACUCGGCAACAGGACCGAAGUCAGCCUCUACUACACGCCCUCCGUCACGGGCAGCGCCGCCUGGGCUAUUGCCGAAGCGACAGGCACGUCUUCUGGUCUGGCCACCUUCACCACCACCCGAACUUCGAAUGGCCAGAUCGUCGCUACGGCUACGAAUGGCGGAGGCUCCAACGGCGCCGCAACUGGUGCUGCCUCCUCAACCACUCGCAAUGCGAACAGCACCACCACCACCGCUCCCAACUCAGCACACACGCACGGCGCCGCAGUUGUUGCAGGACUGAUCGGAGUUGCGGGUCUGCUUGCCAUGCUGUAG